UCCUCCUCAUUCAUUGCUGUCUGAGUCUAGGGGAGCGACCCGAGAGCCGCAGUGAUGCCAGUAACCCUCUAGGAUGCUCCACACGCGGAUGCUUUUAUUACCGUCUGUUUUAGCCACAGGCCUUUGAGCAGAUCCGGAUAAAUCCGGGACGAAGGUGUUAUUCCACAGCACGGAAUAACAGGAUCGCGCGACCUUGCGCUGAAUGUCAUUAGAAAGGGAUUUUAAUCUCGCUACGGUAAGAAGGGAAAUCAUCAUUACCGCAUGCGCUCACGAUGCCAAAUACCAUUAAGAUUUGAGUCUCAGCGAUGGAUAUUUUAAAGCAUAUAAUCAACGACACUGUGGAGUUCUACAGAUGGAGUCUCACUAUUGCAGACAAGCGUGUGGAGAAAUGGCCUUUGAUGGACUCUCCUCUGCCCACGCUGGCUAUCAGCUCCUCAUACCUGCUGUUCCUCUGGCUGGGGCCGAAGUUCAUGCAGGGCCGAGAGCCCUUCCAGCUGAGGAAGACCCUCAUCGUCUACAACUUCAGCAUGGUCAUCCUCAACUUUUUCAUUUUCAAAGAGCUCUUCCUUGCAGCACGGGCGGCCAACUACAGCUACAUCUGCCAGCCCGUCGACUACUCAGAUGAUCCUAAUGAAGUGAGGGUGGCAGCAGCCUUGUGGUGGUAUUUUAUUUCUAAAGGUGUGGAGUACCUCGACACUGUGUUUUUCAUCUUGCGUAAGAAGUUCAACCAUAUCAGCUUCCUGCAUGUCUAUCACCACUGCACCAUGUUCACUCUGUGGUGGAUUGGCAUCAAAUGGGUCGCCGGUGGACAGUCAUUCUUCGGGGCUCAUAUGAACGCAGCCAUCCAUGUCUUGAUGUACUUAUAUUAUGGGCUGGCCGCAUUUGGUCCGAAAAUACAGAAAUAUCUGUGGUGGAAGAAAUAUCUGACAAUCAUCCAAAUGAUCCAGUUUCACGUCACCAUUGGCCACACGGCUUUGUCGCUGUACUCUGACUGCCCGUUCCCGAAGUGGAUGCACUGGUGUCUGAUUGGAUACGCCCUCACCUUCAUCAUCCUCUUCGGCAAUUUCUAUUACCAGACGUACCGUCGACAGCCCCGCCGCGAGGCCGCAUCCAAACCCGGCAAAGCCCUUCAUAACGGAGCCUCUAAUGGAGCCCUGAUCUCUAGUAAUGGAAACGCUGCCAAGAUGGACGAGAAGCCGGCAGUGGGUGAGAGCGGGAGAAGAAAGAGGAAGGGCAGAGCAAAGCGCGAAUGAAACGGAGGAGAGGGAAGCAGACACGGCCAGACCUCCGUUCACGAGAGACCGCGCUGAAAGAUUGAUCAGCUCAGAUCAAUCCCAAAUUGUUACGACCAAACAGUAUGGCCACUUUCUGCUGCAGAGAGGGAGAAAUACGAGCCUAGAUGUAGAGAGACUGAACAAUAUGAUAUCUUUCCAUAUCGCCCUCCUUAAGUUUAGUACAUUAUUCUAUGUAUCUGCCUUUUUUACAUCGCUGUUCUAAUGCCAGAAAAGACCCGUGUCUCAUCAGUGUACAAUGAUUAUACGAAAGACUCGACAAUAUCAGAUGGGUUUUUCAUCAUUUGUUGUAGUGGGGUCCAAAAGUUCUGCUAUUUUGCAACACAAAAUGUUUCUUCACUAACUGUAUUAUCAGCACGAUCUGAUCUAGAUCCUGACGUUGAUGUUGUCCAGCAUGAUUUGAGAUGAUCCAAAGAGCUUCAAUGGUAGAAGAAAAUCGCUCAUUUGAUUAGUCACAUAGAAAUAGUGCAUAUUUUUUCUUCAUUUUACAGACUUUUGGACCCCACUUUAUAUCAUUUAUUUGUAAAACAUAUUCAUGUGUUUGUUUAUUUGAAACUUUUGUAUUUCAUGUAAGUUGUGUGUUGUUUAGCCAUUGGCAGGAUAUAUUACCAACAGCACUGUUCUUUGAAACAUAGAUCAUGUGGAACUGCUUAUUUCAUCUUCUUUCAAAAGUAGGGGUGCAACUUACCAAGGCCAUUGACUGAUAAUAUACAGUAGUGUGCAAAAGUGAUGUCCGGCCUUGGAAAAUUGACAUCUUCACCCUUUAUUCAAAUAUUGUUAAAAAUGCGUUCAAGAUUUUGUAAGCAUAUUGAGUAGUUGUGCUCUGAGUCAAUUGUUUUAUUUGUGAUGAUAACGCAAUGAAUCAUGCCAAAUUGUGCAGACAUAAUUUUUGGCCGGCCAGGCUGUCAUACAAAGAAAUUAUGAACAUGCAAACACAAGAAAACCAAUGGAAUAUUAAUAACUGAAUAUGUUGUAGUCAAUGUAUGAUUUUUUCCUGUGAGCUUUUUGUUUUUCUAUGCAUUUUUUUGCAUUGUAAAAUAGCAACUGUAGCUGUAGUUGUAGCUGUUUUUUUUUGCCAAAUAAUUUUGUCAGAUAAAUACCUUAACAAAGUUUAGUGUUUUGUUCUUCCUUCAUAUAUAUUUUUUUAAAUAUAUAAAAUAUUUUCCUCACAUUUUGAUGGUUCAAUUGGACUUGUAGGGUCAUUAAAAACAAAUAUCCCUUCCGGACAUCACUUUUAACCACUACUAUAUCAUAUAUAUAUUUAUAUAUAUAUAAAUUUCUGUUGUCUGUUGUCUUAAAACAGUGUUCACAAUCAAAUCUCUCAUCUAGAAAUGAAAUCACGCAUUGUAACAUGUAACAUGAAUGAUAGGAAAGAUAAAUACCAGUUGCAAUACAGUGUUUUUGUGGCCUGGCAUAGAAAAUACUGACUGAAAAGGAUAAAAUAUCUGCUUCCAUUAUCAGCCGAUUCAGACCAAUACUGAUCAUUUAAAACCUGGACUGAUAUCAUACAUCCUUAUGAAUACUUUUUGAUAUCACAGGGUUAUCAUCAAGCAUCUCACAAUAUAAGAUAGCUUUUAGUUUUCAUUGGGAAAUAACAACAUCACAUAAGCUGAAAAUGGGAUUGGGAAAUAUGUUUGUAGCUGCAAUAUUGCAUUGUGCGUAAAUAAAGUCUUGAGCUCCCUGUCAUUAGUUUUGAAUAGUUCCUAAAAUAUAUCAUUUGUUUUGUCUUGAAUUUUUUAUAAUGUUGUAUAUUCGGUGCAAUUUUGUACAUUGUGCUUUUGAAGACGCAAUAGUCAUCAACUACUCAUUUUCUUUUCAAAUGACAGAUAUACAUUGCUGUAUAUAAUAAUAAAAUAAAUGGCAAUGCAUAGUCA